CCUAACGUCGCCCACAAAAUCAACACACAAAUUAUUUCCAAAAGUCACCACUUCUGCAGCGUAACAGCUCAAAAUGCAACGAUAAAUGAUGUUUAAAGGGCAGAAAUGCAGUCAGCUAAAGCAAAGAAGUCUUCUUUCAAAUGUCCUUCAUUUACAGCUCCAAUCAAAAGUGGUGAUAACUCUACUGCAGAGCAAGAUGGAAAGAAAAAACAGCAGACAGCAUCGUCUAGGGAUAAGGCUGACAAGGACCUAGAGAGCUCUAAUGCGAGAAACACCAGCACAGUUCUAUUGGAGAGCAAAACGGAGGCGGGCCUUGACCACAAGCCCUCUGCAAAAGGAGAUGGGAGCCAGUCUGAUGAGGUGGAUGCAGACAAAGAAGAAACUCAAGAAGAGGAGUUGAAAAAUGAGGAUGAAGAAGCACAGGUGGUUCCACAUCAGUCUGGUCCAGAUGAGCAUGGCGAUAAAGAGCAAAACAAUGUGCAGACUAAGAAAUCUGUGGAAAAGGUUAUGAAAAAAAAGAAGACUUUGUUUAAUGUCCAGCAGACUGAGCCUGAACAGAAGGAAACAAAAGGGAAAACUCUGAAUGCAAAAGAGACAACAAAAAAGGUUCUAAAACCCCAAAAAGAGGUCAUGCCAGUUAGGUCUUUGACUGAUGAAGAAUAUACUGCUAUAUUUGAUGCUGUCUUGGAGAGCGGAGAAACCUUUAACAUAGAUGAGUGGGAGCCCAAGGUCACACCUCCAAUUAAAGUUCGGGAGCCAUUGAAGAAGAAAUUCAGCAUCACAGUUGGCAAGAAGCCCAAACAACCUGAGGAGGCAAAGGCUGAUGAACUUGAUGAUAAGCCUUUAACUGAGAACAAAGAUGAAGAAAGCAGUACAACUGACAAACCUGAGAAGAACAAAGAUGUGAAAGAAAAGAAGAAGAAAAAUAAACAAGUAGAAAAGAAAAUAACUAAGCCAGAUGAUGCAAAGAAUAAACAAGAUGACAUAAAAGACAGCUGUGAUGAAGAUGAGAACAAUAAUAAAGUUGAAGAAACUGAAAAUAAAGAGAUUGAUGAAUCACACGAUUUUGAUGAUGAACAGGAGAAAGUUGAAACUGAAGGUGAUGAAGUCAAAGCUGAAGUUGAUGCCAGUAAGGAUGAUGAUGAUGAUGAUGCUGAUGAUGCAGAGAGUGUGCGGAGUGGCCAAGAUGCAGAAGUUGAGGAACAGAUAGAUGAAGAAAUAAGGCCAAGUGGUGUACAGAGGGAAAAUGAGACUACCCCUCCAGGUAGUGAGGCUGAUCCUGCAGAAGCCUUUGUGGGUCUUGCUGCCUCGCCCAGCAAAAAGAAGAAGAAAAUCAAGAAGAGGGACAAGUUGGAACCCAAGAAACUGCCUUUCCAGGAGAAACAAGCAGCCCCUGCUUCUAUGGUAGACCAAAUAAAACAAAUGAAGAAAGAAAAGGCAUUGAAGAAAAAACACAAACAUACUGAGGAACAUACUGUUCCUAUAAAGAAGGCCAAGCUAGACUCAAAGGCUCACACAAAGCCUACCAAGACCAGCACCAUUACUCCUGUGAAAAAAGUCAACAAGCGUAAAAAGAUGAUAGAAAGAGAACUUGAACAUAAUGGCACGUGGGUGCAGUGCUGUAACAGUAGUUGUAUGAAGUGGCGCCACCUUUCUGAUGUCAACGACCCAGCCAUGGUGCCUGAUAGAUGGACAUGCUCCAUGAAUAAAUGUGAAAAGUACAACAGUUGCAGUAAGCCAGAGGAGGAGUAUGACGAAAAUGAACACAUUUACACAAAGUUCACCGAAGGCUCUGUGGUUUGGGCAAAAAUGAUGGGAUACCCCUGGUGGCCAGCCAUGGUGGAAAUUGAUCCUAAUUCAGAGACCUUCUUCUCUGUUGAAUCAGAGGAUUCUAUGAUCCCAACACAUUUCCAUGUGGUAUUCUUUGAUGAGCGUGUCUCACGGGGUUGGGUGAAGGCACAACACAUCAUGUUGUUGGCUGGGGAUGAGAAAGAAGACAAGGUUAUAAUGACUCCAAAGAGGUAUGCCAAAGAUGUUGCUGCUGCCAAGAAAAAUGCCCUUCAUGCUCUGAAGUGCGAUCUUAAGGAGAGAAUAGAGCUGUUUGGAUUUGCUGCGAGGUUUAAAGGAAUCUGGGAACAUAAGCCAGUAAAAGUCAAGGAACCUGGCCGCUCGAAAAAGAAAGCCAUGUCUACCACAUCAAAGGAUCAGUUUAAUGAACUUCUUGAUGAAACCACUAUGGAUGAAGUUCUCGACAAUGCUGACUCCAUCCUGGAUAAUGUUGAAGAUAUGCUGGAUUCUAUAGACAGUGAUUUUAUUGAUUCGGAUGAGGAGGCAAGUUUUGUUCCACAUGAGCUGGUUGUUGUAGAAACAAAGAGGAAACACAAAGGUCGAGUUGUUAAAGAUACAAAGCGAGUCAAAAUUGUUAGUCCACCCUCAACCCAAGAGCAUGAAGAAGAAGAAAACCAAAAAACUGACAACUCUGAUAUUGAAAUUAAUAAUAAACUUGAUGCAGUCACAAGUAAAACUGACAAGUUUCCAACAACAAGGGUCAACUUUGAUAAAGAAAUAUUUACAAUGGAAAUGAGUGAAGCGAGUGACAUUGACGAAAUUGUUCUAGCUGUAGAGGAGACGGAAAAUCAGACUGGCAAUAAAAUCACAAAAGAAACAAAUAUCAAAAUAACAAAAAAGGAGAAAAAAGAAGUGAACAAAUUUAAAACUGAUGCAAAAGCGAAAGAAAAUCAGAAAAAUGCUGACACAAAAGAAAGUCUUGAAAAAAAUGACUCCGACAUUGAUGUAAAAGCAAAAGAAAAACAUGAGGAAAUUAAAGCAGUUGCUCUCCAGGAGCAGAAUGUUGAACUUACUGAAAAAGAAUGUAAUUCUGUUCCAGAGGCAGAGAAGCAAGAUGAAAAACCUAACCAAGUAAAGUCAUUUGAUGAUAGUUGUGUUAAUGUUGAGGCUGAUAGUGAUGAUGAAAUGGAUCUCUUUGAUAACAUUGACAACAAAGUUGAAAAACAGGAGGAACCAAUAGAGAAUUCAGAGACAGAAGCUAGACACGAAGUAAACCAAAGUUUAGAAGGUUCUGACAUUGAGCUUAGUUUGGAAGAGCAUUCCUUGUAUGAUGAUGUGAUAGCUGGGGAUGCUAAAGUGAGAGGGAGGGAAAAUAUUUAUGCACCCAGAGAAGUGUCUAAUGAGGUCCCUGCGGUUGGUAUGGAUGGAGAGGACAGUGACCCAUUUGAUCUCAUGGAGGAAUAAUUAUAAAGAGAUAUGAUAGAUUUAACAAAAAAACUUUAUUUAUUAUUGAUGAAUAUAGUUGAAGAGGACAAUAUUACCUUUGAUCUCAUUACAAAAUAAGAAUAUCUUCCAGAUGUUUAGAUUAGUAUGUGUUUUUAGCUCUCCUGAGCACGAAGUGCUCAAGGUGAGCUAUUGUGAUCGCCCUGUGUCCGUCGUCCGUCGUCAACAAUUUGACUGUUAACACUCUAGAGGUCACAAUUUUGGCACAAUCUUAAUGAAACUUGGUCAGAAUGUUACCCUCAAUUAAAUCUUAGACGAGUUCGAUAUUGGGUCAUCUGGGGUUAUAAACUAGGUCAUUAGGUCAAAUCAUAGGAAAAGCUUGUUAGCACUCUAGAGGUCACAUUUAUGACUGUAUGUUCAUGAAACUUAGUCAGAAUGUUUAUAUUGAUUAGCUCUAGGCCAAGUUAGAAUCUGGGUCAUGUGUGGUCAAAAACUAGGUCACCAGGUCAAAUUUAAGGAAAAGCUUGUUAACACUCAAGAGAUCACAUUUAUAAUGUAUCUUCAUGAAAAUUGGUCAGAAUGUUUAUAUUAAAAAUUUCUAAGUCAAGUUUGAAUCCAGGUCAUUUGUGGUCAAAAACUAGGUCAUUAGGUCAAAUCAUAGGAGAACCUUGUUAGCACUGUAGAGGUCACAUUUAUGACUGUAUGUUCAUGAAACUAGUUCUAGGCCAAGUUGGAAUAUGGGUCAUGUGCGGUCAAAAACUAGGUCACCAGGUCAAAUAAUAGGAAAAGCAUGUUAACACUCUAGAGGCCACAUUUAUGACCAUUAUGUUCAUGGAACUUGAUCAGAAUGUUAUUCUUGAUGAUCUUUAGGUAGAGUUUGAAAAGGGGUAAUCAGAGGUCAAAAACCAGGCCACUAGGUCAAAUCAUAGAAAAACUUUGUAAACACUGUAGAGGUUACAUCCUCUCUUUGAUCACCAUGAAACUAUGUCAGAAUGUUUAUGUUUAUGAAGUCUAUGUCAAGUUUGAAACUGUGUCACCUGAGUUUAAAAACUAGGUAUUGAAGUCAAAUCAUAGAAAACAUUGUUAAAACACUGUUGAGGCCAUAUUUUAUACUUGAUCUAUAUGAAACCUGGUCAGAAUGUACUUAUUACAGCAAGGUAAGGUUUGCAACUGGGUCAUCCGUGAUAUUAAAAAUCAUCCAUUAAAAAAAAAACUUGGUCACUAGGAAGGAUCUAAGUAAUAUAUAUUCUUUAAUUCCAGCAGGUAUAAAUGUUUUGAUUCCAUACCUCAUGAUUAUAUGAAGAUUUAUUGAAAAUAUACUCUGUAAUUUAAUAAAAAAAACUCCUUCCAUGAUGAAGUCAUAAGUAUGUAUAAUAAGUUUUCAGUGUUUCGUGCAUUUUCAUGUAGAACAAGUGUUUUAAUCACACUCACUGCUAAAAUACAUUCUGAAUUAAAUGAAACAAUUUUCAUGUUUAAACUCCAACCAUAACAAGAACAGAAAAUAAAAAUGUACAAACAAAGACAAGUACGCAUCCUUUCUAAGGUAGCAGACCACCAGACUGACAUUUCAAAUUCUCUAAAACUGUAAUACCCUCAACUUUAAUAUUUAACAUGUAGCAAAUUUGUUUGGAUUAAGUCCCCGCUCGUUGCACUUUCCAUUGCCCUAAAAAAUACUUAUUCCCUCCCCAUGUCACAAUUGGCCCCACCCUGAAAACACUUAUUUCACACUUGAAUUGGAUCAGGUGAGCGAUACAGGGCCUUAAGGGCCCUCUUGUUUAUUUUUUUUUAGUUGUUAAAUUAUAAUAGAUUUUUGGUGCUGGCUGAUUUUUUUUACAUUGUAAGGUCUUGUAUCUGUUAUUGGUUAAUAGGUAAAAUAUAAGUUUUUAGUUAUUGAAGACAUGACCCAGAUUGUAAUGUUUAUUUCAGAAUGUCCUUUCGCUGGAAAAGAUUGUGUAAUGCUUGAAUUUUAUGUUAACUCAGUUUUUACAUUGACUGAUUAAUAUUUCAUGAUGUAUUGUAUUGAUGUUGUUGGUGCUCCGUUAUAUCCGUUUAUUAAAAUGUUUAUUAAAACAGCAGCUAUUUACAAUAUGAUUACUUUAAAAAAGUUAAUUUUUUUCCAUUUGUCUGUUGAUGAUUAUGUAUAAAUUGAGUAAUAUGUGUAAGGGUUGGUUGAAAAUACCU